UAGUCGAGUUCCAUGGAGGAGGAAACAUGGAUGUGUCCCAAACGUCAUACUGCACUUUGCUGGAUAAAAACAACCAGUCGAAGUUCCUUUGCUACACACGCAGAACAACCGGAAUGUUUAACAUCUGUUUGACAGAUGCAGCCGCUGUCUGGAGCGCAGAGUACACCGAGGACGCGUUGACCCAGUUCAGACAGAGGUUUGCCUUGAGAUCUACAGAGGAUUAUAUUCUAAAACUCAGGUCGGCCUGUGGAAGAGGGGACGUGUCUGUUGUGGUGCAUGACUCCAGUGCAGAGCUCCAUGUGAGCUCCGGUCCAGCUGACCAGAGUGUGACCUUAUCCAGGCUGGAAGGCCCGCAGGCCACAACGGAGCUGAAGGAGCUGCUGUUCAGGAUGGCUGACCGCCUCACUCAGCCCGACAGAGUUUAUGCUUCUUGGAGUCAAUGCUGACUGUGACUCAUUCCUCCAGGUGUCAGUCCAGUGAAAACUCACCAACGGUGGCCUGCAGGUAUGUUUCUAAAGCUCUGUACUAAAGGGUGCAAUUAGUCAUCCACUGGGGGGGGGGGUCUAUGUAUGCAUGUAUAGCAAAGGAACAGUUAUUGUUAUCCAACACGGUGCAGUGUGACGUUUGGAACUCGUCCAUAUUUCCUUCUAGAGUUCACUGCCAGCUAAUGAGGACGGAGGAAACGCCGUCUUCUGUGACUUAUUUAGCUUUAGGGGUGUAAGACGAUGAUGUUUUUAUGAUACGGAAUUGAUUCUCAAAAACAAUUAUUUUUAUUAUAUAGUGAAGAAAGUCUUCACUAUCUGAUGGUCUGGUGAAUGAAUGUGGGU